AUGGUCUCGACGACUCCAAUGACAAUGGCCUGCUCCUCCUACAAACGUGUGCAAUACAUACUUCUGCCUCCCAAUGCGAGAGAAGUCCACCUGGAUGCACCCUCAGUCGCGACACUGGAACCUGCUGGACCAUAUCCUCGUUCGGGGGGGCGAGACCAGCGGGACGUGCAGGUGACGAAGGCGAUCUCGGGUGUCGACGGAUGUACCGACAAUCGCCUUGUCAUCUCCAAGAUGGGGAUUCGCCCACAACCUCAAAGGAUGCCUCAGGGUGGACGACCCCCAGGUAAGUUAAAUAUGGCUUUGUUGUCUUUGCCUGCUCACCAUCUCCAUUUCAGAAAUUAGCUAGCUCAGUGGCCAGUCAACCUUCCAGUUGCCGCCGGCGGGAACGCCUCCGUGGAGAACCGAUGGUGUCAACUGCGAGACACAGUCUAGUCGACGGCGCUGACCAUCCUCUGUCGCGAACGCCGUCAACACCAUGACCGGUUCGACGACCAUCAGCAACCUGCUCGCCGAGGAGGACUAUCUGCGCAAAGCCUACGUCAAUCGCCUUACUGUUGUCAACAAAGGAGCACUCUACCGUAGUCGCCGCCUUGUGUAACAGCGGCUCCGCGAGAUGCAGAGGGCCUGGACGACUCCCAGGCCGAGAAGAUUCAAGGAUAUGCGGACCGCUACGAAUGGAAGGAUUUCUUCUCCGCUAUCAAGGCUGUCUACGGUUCGCCAAACAAAGCGAUUGCUUCUCUCAUCAGUGCCGACGGCAGUACUCUACUCACUGAGAAGGCACAAAUUCUACAGCGAUGGAUCGAGCAUUUCCGAGACGUCCUCAACCGCCCCUCCACUAUCUCCGACGCCGCCAUCGCCCGUCUGCCUCAGGUUGAGAUCAACGUCGACCUUGAUCUUCCGUUCUCUCUCCACGAAAACAUCAGGGCUGUGCGGCAGCCUCCAGUGGGAAAGCGCCCGGAUCGGACGCGAUCCCUGCUGAGAUUUACAAGCACGGUAGUCCCCAUUUCAUGAAUCAUCUGAUAUCCCUCUUUCAGGAGAUGUAGCGUCAAGGAAACGUUCCGCAGAAUUCCAAGGACGCGACAGUCGUGCACCUCUACCAGCGAAAAUGAACCCGCGUGCUCUGCGACAAUCCUCGAGGCAUCUCCCUGCUAAAUAUCGUCGGGAAGAUCUUAACUCGCAUCCUCCUCAACCGUCUCAACAACAAUUUGGAACAGGUCUCCUUCCGGAAAGCCGGUGCGGCUUCCGCCGUCAUCGUAGGACCAUCGACGUGAUCUUUGUCGUCCGCCAACUACAGGAGAAGUGUCAGGAGAUACGGACCCCCCUCUACUCUGCCUUCGUGGAUCUGACGAAAGCCUUCGGCACGGUGAAUUGUGAAGGACUGUGGAAGAUCAUGCAGAAAUUCGUCUUUCCGAACGAUUCAUUCAGAUGGUGCGUCAACUGUGCGACGGCAUGAUGGCGCGAGUCACGGAAAACGGAACCGUCUCAGAGGCAUUCGCAGUGACCAACGGAGUGAAGCGAGGCUACGUCCUCGCGCCUACCCUCUUCAGUCUCAUGUUCGCUGCCAUGCUGAUGGACACCUGCCGUGACGAACGCCCUAGGACCCGCGUCGCCUACAGGACGGACGGCCAACUCCUCAACCACAGGCGGAUGCACUUUCAGUCACGUAUAUCCGCGACUUCCGUCCACGACGACUGCGCUGUCAAAGCCACCCCAGAAGGGGACAUGCAAAGGAGCAUGGGCAUCUUCGCCGCUGCCUGA